AUGAUGGCGGCGCAUAACACGACGGCAAAUCAAACAGGAAGACGUCCUUUUAUUGGUUUCUUCUUACUUUCUUUUCAUUUUUCUUUUUUUACUCUUUCGUUUUCAUUUAUUAUUCUUUUUCAUGGUUGGUUGAUUUUGUUGUUUUUUCAGGCGUUAUUCUCACUUUCUUUUUUAUCGUUUUUCUUUUCUAUUUUUCUUCCACGUAUCUUUCUAUCGUUUUACUUUGUGCUCUUUAUUUCCUGUCCUUCUUUCUUCUUUGUGUCACUUUUCUCCUUUACUUUUACUUUUAUAAUAUCUUUCUCUCUUUCUUUCAUUCUUUCUUUUUUUCUUUCUUAUUUCAACAUUUCAUCUUUCAACUUCUUUGUAAAUUACGUCAUUUUUCUUCUUUACUUUUGCUUUUCUAAUGCUUUACUUUCUUUCUUUAUUUUCUUCUUUCUUUCUUUCAACUAUUUCAACCUUUUUACUGUUUUUUACUUUUUUUCUUUCUUUAUUUAUUUUCAAUAUUUCAUCCUUUUUACACUCUUUGUAAAAUGCGUCAUUUUUUUUCUUCACUUUUUGCUUUUUUUUAAAUCUGUGCCCUUUUUUCUUUCUAUCUUUUUAUUAUUUCAUCUUUUUUUCUCUCCCUCUUUGUCAGAUAUGCCAUUUUAUUCCUUUACUUUUACUUUUUGUAAUACUUUUCUUUCCUUCUUUUUCACUAUUUCAUCCUUUUCAAAUUCACUUUCCCUCUUUAUAAAAUAUGUCAUCUUACUUUUUCAAUCUUUUCUUUCUUUCUUUUCUUUCUUUCUUUUCUUUCUUUCUUUCUUUCUUUCUUUCUGUUAUUCCAUCUUUACAUUCUUACUUUCUUUAUUUCUUUCUUUCUUUCUCUCUUUUCACAAUUACAUCUUUUUUCUUUCCUCCUUUCUAAGAUAUGUCAUUUUCCUUCUUUUCUUUUGCUUUUUUAAUACUUUCUUUCUUUCUUUCUAA